GGGAUGGGGAGGAGGAGGAGGGGGCGGCGGGGAGGGCCUGGAAUCGUGGAGGGGGUCCCGGGGGAUCGGGCGUGGAAGGGGGGGAGAAUGGCGGGGGCAGGGUGUGAGCGCAGACCAGGAGAGCCCCGAGGAGAUGUCGGCGGUGAAGCCCGACAAGGGCGAAGGCGACGCCAGCAGCACCAGCAGCGCCGGCGGCGGUGAGGCCCAGGAGUCGCAGCCCUCCCCGCUGGCCCUGCUGGCAGCCACCUGCAGCCGCAUCGAAUCUCCCAACGAGAACUCCAACAGCUCCCAGGGCCAGCAAGGCGGGAGCGGGGAGCUCGACCUGAACGCGGCCGCCGCCCAGAUCGCCCAGUCGGCCAACGGCUGGCAGAUCAUCUCGGCGGGCUCCAGCACCCCCACGGGCUCCAAGGAGCCGGGCAGCAACGGCAGCAACGGCAGCGGUGACGCCUCCAAGAGCCGCCCGGUGAGCGCGGGGCCGUACGUGGUCACCUCCGCCUCGGGCCUGCAGAACCAGCAGGUGCUCACGGGCCUGCCGGGAGUCAUCCCCAACAUCCAGUACCAGGUGAUCCCCCAGUUCCAGACCAUAGACGGGCAGCAGCUGCAGUUUGCCACCACCCCUGCCCAGGUGAACGUGCAGCAGGAUGCCUCCGGGCAGCUCCAGAUCAUCCCCGGCUCCAACCAGCAGAUCAUCACGAGCCGCGCGGGGAGCAGCAACCUCAUCGCCAUGCCCAACCUGCUGCAGCAGGCAGUGCCCAUCCAGGGCGUGGGCCUGGCCAACAACAGCCUCUCUGGGCAGACCCAGUACGUGGCCAACGUGCCCGUGGCCCUGAACGGUAACAUCACCUUGCUGCCGGUCAACAGCGUGGCCGCCAGCCUGGCGCCCACGUCCCAGACGGGCACCCUGAGCAGCUCGGGCUCCCCGGACAGCAGCUCCCAGCCGGCCACCUCGGGUGCCACCAGCAGCUCUGCCAGCACGGCCUCGUCCCAGGCCAGCUCGGGCGCCUUCUUCACCAACGCCAACAGCUACUCCACCACCACCACCACCAGUAACGUGGGGGUCAUGAAUUUCUCCACCAGCGCCACGGUGGGAACCAAUUCGCAGGCACAGACGCCCCAGAGGGCCAGCAGUGUCCCGAGCUCGGACUCCCUGCAGAGCCCCGUGUCCGGGGUGGCUCUGCAGCCAGGGCAGCAGAAGGAGGGGGAUCAGAGCCAGCAGUCACAGCAGCAGCAGCAGCAGAUCCUGAUCCAGCCCCAGCUGGUCCAAGGAGGGCAGACAAUCCAGGCCCUCCAGACCGCCCCGCUCUCCGGCCAGACCUUUGCCACUCAAGCCAUCUCCCAGGACGCCCUGCAGAACCUGCAGCUCCAAGCUGUCCCCAACUCCGGCCCCAUCAUCAUCCGCACGCCCACGGUGGGUCCCAACGGGCAGGUGAGCUGGCAGACCAUCCAGCUCCAGAACCUGCAGGUGCAGAACCCCCAGGCCCAGACAAUCACCUUGGCCCCCAUGCAGGGAGUGUCGCUGGGGCAGACGGGCAGCACCAGCACCACGCUGACCCCCAUCGCCUCCCUCCCCAGCGGCACCGUCACCGUCAACGCUGCCCAGCUCUCCUCCGUGCCGGGCCUCCAGACUAUUAACCUCAGUGCCUUGGGAGCAUCCGGGAUCCAGGUGCACCAGCUGCAGGGGCUGCCCCUGGCCAUCGCCAACGCCCCUGGUGACCACGGAGCUCAGCUGGGUCUGCACGGUGCCAGUGGGGACGGGCUGGGGGACGAGAGCGCGGCGGUGGAGGAGGGAGAGACCAGCCCCGACCCCCAGCCCCAGCAGGGACGGAAACCACGGAGGGAAGCCUGUACCUGUCCCUACUGCAAAGAAGGAGAGGGCAGGAGCUCUGGGGAUCCAGGUAAAAAGAAGCAGCACAUCUGCCACAUCCCGGGCUGCGGGAAGGUGUACGGGAAGACCUCUCACCUGCGGGCUCACCUGCGGUGGCACACGGGCGAGAGGCCCUUCAUCUGCACGUGGGUGCUGUGCGGGAAGCGCUUCACCCGCUCCGACGAGCUGCAGCGGCACAAGCGCACGCACACAGGGGAGAAGAAAUUCGCCUGCCCGGAGUGCCCCAAACGCUUCAUGCGCAGCGACCACCUCUCCAAGCACAUCAAGACCCACCAGAACAAGAAGGGAGGUGCCACCAACGUGGCCAUGAACGUCUCGGCCGUCCCCAUGGACACGGCGGCCUCGGCCGAGGGCAACGGCGGGGCCACGCCCUCGGCCCUCAUCGCCACCAACAUGGUGGCCAUGGAGGCCAUUUGCCCCGAGGGCAUCGCCCGCCUGGCCAGCAGCGGCAUCAACGUCAUGCAGGUGGCCGACCUUCAGUCCAUCAACAUCAGCGGCAACGGCUUCUGAGCCCGGAGCCGCCGGAGCCGCCGGAGCCGCCGGAGCGCGGCGUCACGGCGAGGGGCCCUCGGCGCCUCCAGCACUAACCCCCCGACCAGGAUCGCUGCCACCUCCGGGGCCGCCGACCACAUUCGAAGGCCAGAGCUAUAUAUAUAUAUUUUUUAAUUUCGGCUUGACCUUAUUAUUAUUAUUUUUUUUUUUUUUGGCCCUUCCCCUUUCCUUUCCCCCUUUCCUCCCUCCCCGCCCCGCCCGAGGUUCCGUCGCCCUCGCAGCCGCCGUCGGCGCCUUCAUGCCUUGGUAAAAAAAAAAAAGAAAAAAAAGAGAGAAAAGCAGAAAAAAAAAAAAAUUCCGUGAUCCUUUUAGCAAAAAAAAAAAAAAAAAAGGCAAAACCAAAACAAAAAGAAAAAACCUGACAGAGAUACCGACAAAAUGACGACACACACACACGAAAAGAGAAAAAAAAAAAAACAAAAGCAAAAAAAAAAAAAAAAAAGAGAAAAGAUUCUAUAUUAUUAUUAUAUAUAUAAAAAUAUGAAAUGUGUUUGUUUGAGAGAGGAGAGAGAUGUUGCUGCGACCAUGGCGUGGUCCCUUUGAUGCCUUAUCCUGGAGCAGGUCGUCCCUCUGGGGCGGUUCGGACGGUGCCCGAGCUCUCCUUCCCUUCCUGGAUUCCAUUUUACAUCAUAAUCCCUAAAAAUCCCCUGACCCCCCUCACUCCCCCUCCCCUUCCUCGGGCUGUCGGAUGCUUUGCUUUGAGGUGAUUCUGUAAUUCCUUUCUUUCGGGGGAGAUUCCACUGGAUUUUUCACCCUUGUACUCCCACUGCCCUCCCCUGCCGGCACUGGACCUUGGCGGGUUUUCCUUUGGAUCUUUGUUUUUUUACCAGCCCUUUUCUUGGCAAGGAUCCCUGUCCUGUGGGAGUGGAGCACUGGGAUCCCUGUCCCAUGGGAGUGGAGCACUGGGAUCCCUGUCCUGUGGGAAUGGAGCACUGGGAUCCCUGUCCCGUGGGAGUGGAGCACUGGGAUCCCUGUCCCGUGGGAUCAGAGCACUGGGAUCCCUCUCCUGUGGGAGUGGAGCACUGGGAUCCCUGUCCCGUGGGAGUGGAGCACUGGGAUCCCUGUCCUGUGGGAAUGGAGCACUGGGAUCCCUGUCCUGUGGGAUCAGAGCACGUGGAGUCGCUCCGACAGGGGGUCGUGGGCAGAGGGGCUGAGACCUGGCCAGGACCCUCUCUGGGGGCAGUUGGAGCCUCCUCAGGGGAAAUGUUGAUUUUUUUUUAACAGCCAACAUUGGUCUUAAGAAUAAUAAUAAUAAUUAGGAAAAAGGAGCAUCUGCAGAGCUCAUCCAGCCCGGAGCGAGGGGGAAGCACCGGGAUGGCACUCGAGGGUUUUGUUGUGGCACUGCUUGGAGGUGGCUCCUAAAAAAGAAAAGGGGUGUUUGGAAAUGGGGUACAGUUCAGGAAAAACCUUUUUGGUGUUCCAAUAUCCGGCUCUUCCCGCCAUGGGAGGGCCAGGACGGCUCAGUCCUUUCCGUUCUUCCUCCCACACCCUCCUCUUCCUGCCCCGGAUGAUAUCCGUGCUCCCUGCAUUGGGAACAGGCCAGGGGGGGUUGAUUCCAUCCCAAAACAGGGUGGGAUAUGGGAUGUGGAUCCCAACCUCCCCCCCUCUCCCCUCCCUGGAGGCUGCAGGGAGAAAUCUUGGAUUGUUUCCAAGCAGCAGUUUUGGGGUGAGCUGAGCAAGGAUUUCAGUCUGAGCUGGAGGGGGGAGCAGAGAGUGGGAUGGGGGUCCCAGGAAUGACCCUGGGAUGUGGAACUAUCCUGGCUCUGGGGAUGAGGAGGGCACUGAGCUCGGGGGGAGGGUCCCAGAGUGCUGGACGGGCCUGGGGCCAUCCCUGUUUGCGGUGUUGGGGUCGGUGUGUGACCCUCUUGCUCUUGGGGGUACAGAGGGGAGGACCCCUGUGAUCGCCCCCUGAUCCAUAAAUCCCACCUGCCUGGGAUGUCCUCCCCCCUUCAGGGCUUCUGCUGGGGCAUUUUCUACAAAGAGGUGAUUUUUUUUCCCUGCCUGGGAAUAAUCUCCGUGGGAUGAGGAGAGUGGCCACCCCACCCCUGUGCUCCUGGGACACCCCCUUUCUGGGACACCCCACUCGGGAGAUAUCCCCACUCCAGGGACACCCCACCCCUGGGGACACCCCGCUCCUGGGACACCCCCUUUUCCUGGGAGAUACUCCAGCAGAGCCAGGACCACCAAGUGGGUGCUGGCAGUGGGGGCUGAGUUGCCAAAAUCCCUUUGGAAAACCCUCUGGAGAGGAAUUCAACCAGUGCCCCGUGUCCCCCUCUCGGAGUUUAUCCACACUCAGAGGCUUCCCAGGAGCCAGAGACCCCCAGAUCCCACCCCCCGGGGUCCCCCAACCAGCCGGGGCCGAACUGUGAAGCGGAACUGUUUUUAUUUUGGGGUUUUUUUGUAAAAAGCAAAGGCGGCAGAAGCUCUGCGGGGAGGGGGGCUCAGGGCCCGGCCCACCCCCCUCACCCCCCUCCAUCCCCGCUCUCUCUCUCUCUCUCGAUAUCUAUUUUUGCAUUUGUAUAUUUUUAUAUAGGAAACUUUAAGCAUUUGUAUUUUAAUACCCUGUGAAGCACUAUGAGCUCCCCCCCCCCUCCCCACCCACCCCAGUGCCUGGAAAACCACAAAGGAUUGGGAGAAAACAAGGAGGUUUCUUAAUUUAAUUGUCAAUAGAUGAGUUCUCCUCCCCCCCCCAACCUGUUUACCCCCACCCAGGGGUGAGGGGAAGGUCCUUGCCCCCCACCCCACCCCAAGCCCAGCUCUGCUCCAUCCCAGCCCCCCCCCCAUGCCCAGCAGGGAUCAAGUGCCAAACCCGAUCCCGGACCCUCGGCGGGGGGUCGGGCUCUGCCAGGGGUGUUGGGGUGUCCCCCAGUGAUGUUCCCCGUGCCCCCCCUCGAUGAUGUUCCCCGUGUCCCUCUCACCCCCCAUGAUGUUCCCUCUGUCCUGCCCCCCCCCUUCCCAGGUGAUGUUCCCUGUUGUCCCUGAUGGAUUUUAACUUUCCUAUGGAAACGCCGCUGGGGUGUGGGGAGGGAAUCCCAGGAGACCCCAGGGGGGGCUCUGCUCAGCGCCUGGGCUGCUCCCCUGUGUUUUUGGGGGGGGGAUCAGAGGAUUUUGGGGUGGGGGGAGACACCACCAGCCCUGCUCCCGCUGCCAGGGGGGCAGCUGGGCCUGAUCAUCCCCCUUUGGGCUCUGCAGCACUGGGGUCCCUGCCCUGCUCCCAGCGCCCCCCAAACCUCCCCCAGCACCCCCAAACCCCCCCGGCAGCCCCCCCCGACCCCCCCAGUCAUUCCCGGGGACACACACACACAAACGUGCCUUGAUAAAGGGGUGACAGGUUGGGGACGAGUCCCCCCCGCUCCCCUCCUGCUCCCCCCAAAGGGGUCGGGGGGCUCUUGGGGGUGGGGGCUGUCCCCAAGGCUGCCCCCAUCUCCCAGCUUUAAUCCACUGUCACCCCUUCAUUCCGGGGGGGCCGGGGCCGGUUCUCUAUGCAGUGUGGGGGGGUCCUGGGGGGACUGCCCCCCCCAAACUGGCAAUAAUUCUCUCCCUGUUUGAUCUCGUCCCAUCUCUGUUCUAUUUUAAUUUGGGGGGGAGGGGGAGGGGGAAUUGGUUUUUACGAAUCCGGUGGCUGAUGUCAUAAAACCCCCAAAAGAUUGAUUUUUUGGGGGCGAUUUUUUUGGGUCCCAAAGUGCUAUUUUUUUGUACAAAAGACUUAGAUGAAAAUUGUUAGUUUUGGGGGGCUCCUUUGUAAAUGGGGAACGACGAGUUCUUUUGUAAUAAACACGAGUCGCUGGCGUUGUC